CCUUCUAUCUCACGUCAGUCUCUCUCUCUCUCUCUCUAUAUAUAUAUAUAUAUAUAAGCAAUAUCAUCCAUAGCCAAAACCAACCUUCUAAGUUAGGACUUAGAACACCAUCCCAUUCUACCUUUUUCUUCUUCUUCGAUCGAUCUGCCUCCAUUUCUUAUAAGUAUUUAUAUAUAUACAUAUAUAUUGAUUGAUGGGAGAUAACAAUGUCAACCUACCCCCCGGUUUCCGAUUCUACCCUACAGACGAAGAGCUUGUAGUUCAUUUCCUUCAUCGUAAGGCCACUCUCUUACCCUGCCACCCAGAUGUCAUUCCCGAUCUUGGUCUCUAUCCGUAUGAUCCAUGGCAACUUGAUGGGAAAGCUUUGGCGGAGGGUAACAAGUGGUACUUCUACAGCCGGACGACGCAAAAUAGAAUGACAAGUAACGGCUACUGGAAGGCAAUGGGCAUUGAGGAACCGGUCAUCAGUAGCUCUGGCAACAACGUUGGUGUCAAGAAAUCUUUUGUGUUUUGUGUCGGGGAUGCUCCUUCCGGCAUCAAAACCAACUGGACAAUGCAAGAAUAUGGUCUCUCAGAUUCCGCUGCUUCUUCCACCUCUACUACUAGAUCAUCCAAAAGAAGGGGCCAUUCAAAAAUAGAUUAUAGUAAAUGGGUAAUCUGCCGAGUGUAUGAGCGUAACGAAGAUGACGACGGAGGAGCAGAGCUGUCAUGCUUGGACGAAGUUUUCUUAUCAUUGGAUGAUCUGGAUGAGAUUAGUUUGCCAAAUUAGGAUCCUAUAACAGUGAUCCAAGUGGCGGUCCGUCUUAUAAUGCUUUUAUCCAAAUGUACAACUUCAUUAAUUAAUUAUUGCAAAUUAGUGAAAUCAUAUGUAUCUAAAUACCAUUCGCACUUCAAGUGGCCGGCAUCAUCUUUUAUAUUUUUGGCUUCACUACAAGAUACAAUGCCCUCUUUAAUUUUAAUCCCUCGCUCUUUGUCCUAUGAUGAAAGUUUUGAACUAUGUUGCGAGAAUAAAUUAUUUAAGCUCCA